AUGAUUACCACCACUACAGCUUCAACACUAACAUCAACAUCAGCAUCAACAUCAACAACAACAUCAACACUAACAUCGACAUCAACAACAUCAACAACAACACUAACAUCAACAUCAACACUAACAUCAACACUAACAUCAACAGCAUCAACAUCCACAUCAACAUCAACAACAACAUCAACAUUAACAACAACAUUAACAUCAACAUUAGGUACGUGUCUUUAA